UGUGAAUUUGUUAUAAUUUACUGGUUUAUUUUUUUUAUUGAUUGUUACCGUUUCCACUGACAACUGGUUGAUCAUUAUCAUCAUCAUGCCAUUCUUUAAUCAUUCAAUGGCGCAAAGUAUGCGAAAAUCGUCGAAUGAUCCGUCAUUUUCGAAAUCUAAAUCAAAACGAAUUCAAAUUCGUUCAAUGCCUGGUACAACUGAUCCGAAUCAAACGGUAGCCAGAUCUGCUGAUCCGUCCAUUUCAUUGAAAUAUACACAAAAAAUAUCUCAACGAAAAUUACUUUUUACAAGAAGUUUGCUUAGAUCUCAAAUUGAACAAUUGAGUGCACAAGAAGGUGCUCUAUCAGUGCGACAAGUACCAAAGUUAUUCGAAGCAUUUCAGAUUGACACAAACAACAAACUAAAUGAAGAUUCGGAUGUGCAAAUGUUUCCGGCAAAAAAUACAUCGAUGCCUGAAUAUGUCAUGAUGGCAUGUAUAUAUGUAACUCAAAAUGUUGAUCCGAAAAAUUCAUUCUAUUUAAAAGUUUUACGUCAUUUGGGGCGAAAACAUCCAUACAUCGUGAAUACAUGGGAAAUAUUUUCCGAUGAUGUCAACGUGUAUAUCUUUCAGGAAUUUGUUCCACGAGGAAAUCUGAUCUCGUAUGUCGAAGAGAAUCCUGUCAAUGAACGACAACUUUGUUUUUGGGCACGACAAAUUUAUCGUGCAUUAGAUUUUUUAGGCGACAGUGGUAUCGCUCAUAGAAAUAUAAAACCUAAUCAUUUAUUACUGAAACCAAUGGGCAAUGAAUUAUGUAUCAAGUUGACAGGUUUUAAAAACUCAAUCAUAUAUUGGAAUAUAGAAGAGAAUGAUGUCAAUUUUUGUCAAUGUUUACCGAUCAAUCAGCAAAAGAGUGAUGGGCCAAAUUUUCAGGCACCAGAAGUUUAUGGAAAUAAUAAUGAAUUUUUCGAUCCAAUCAUUGCUGAUUUAUGGUCAUUUGGAGCGAAUCUGUUUUUUACAUUGACACAAUUUUAUCCAUACAACAUUGAUUAUCCGCAUGAUAAUUUGGAUGAAGAAAUCUGGCAUAAUGUAACUAAAAUUCCGAACAUAAGCACCGAAUGUCAGAAUUUUCUAUAUGCUUUGAUGAGAUCAAAUGCUAAUGAUCGUAUACCAUUUGAUUUUAUCGACAAAGAUGAUUGGUUCCGUAAAUCCUAUAUGAUACCCAGUUGA